CGCCCACGGCUUCAUCAACAGCCAUCGAAUAUCUAUUGAAUAUUGGAUCCUGCUCGAGCUGGCUGGCUUCGACCUUUAUUUUUCGCUCGACCUUUACCGCGUGGUAGGCACCAAUCCCUUUAAGUCACGUGAUAUUUUCAGGUAUCUUCCAGAUAUCUAGACCAUGCCUUUUGAGGUCAAUCGACCAGCGUUCCUCGGGAACUGCGCGGCGUUUGACCGCUACAUUAAAGAUGGGGAGUCCGGUGUGUUGGACCUUCCAGCAUACGAAAAAAACCAUAAUAACGAAGUUAUCAUCUAUACCGGUGAGGUCUUUUGCCGGGUCCCCGAGUGUGAGCAUGGCAAAAAACCUCUCACGAAGACUGUGGGCCUGCGUGAGCAUGUGAAGUUCGCCCAUGGCGAUCAAGGCUUUAAGCCCGCUCAGCUUAGGGCUGGGAGCCUGCAAAGAGCCGAAAAGGAUGCUGCGAAGGCGUUUUUUAACAGUCUUUACAACCGCGACCCUACUUCGCCUGCUACAGUUGCCGCGCCACCUAGAGUUGCUGCGCCAGCUAUAGUUGCUGCGCCAGCUAUAGUUGCUACACCUGCUACAGUUGCUACAGUUCCCACGCCUGCUACAGUUGCUACAGUUCCCACGCCUGCUGGAAUUGCUACGCUUGCUAGGCCCGCCAAGCGGCCCCUGCCCCCCAAAAAGGGUGCUAAGGUCAACAAGAAACCAAAGAAGGAUGCGCCUUGUACUGCCUGCGGGGCAAACAAGGCACAAGUUCCGUAAUACACCCGUUUAACACCCACGAUGAUUGGCCUAGGAGCCGAGUGGAGAAUAUCCAUAAAAAAGGAAAGUCGCUUCAAUUGGAGAUGAAGGGUCUCGGCAGGGAACUGUCCUACCAUACCGGCU